AUGCGCAGCGCUUUGAUCUUUCUACUCUAUGUCGCCAGCCUGGUCUCAGGCAAUGUUCUGCCGAGGCAAGCUGCCGGCGACAUUCGGGUUGGCAUUCGUCAGCUUCAGAGCAAUACACAAGCCAAUACUACAUCCACCCUGCUUCCUACGUCCACAACUUCUGUGACUCUUGCCUCCACUCCAACUGGGACGCGGACGGGGUCAGAUCCAGGAACUGGAACUGGAACAGCGACAGUAUCGGGUCCAGGCACGACUGGAAAUGAAACGACGACGGCAACUUCGUCUCUCUCAUCAACAUCUACUAACCCAAGUAGAACGAGUACGCCUCGCGGUCCUCCCCCAACUUCCACUCCAUGCGAGAAAUGCUCUGAGAGCAGCUCUGCUACCUCAACCUCAGUCUCAACUCCAUGCGAGAGAUGCUCUGAGAGCAAUUCUGCAACCUCCACCCCAUGCGAAACUAAAACCACUCUGACGACUACUCCAUGCGAAACUGAAACCACUCCGACGACUACUCCAUGCGAGACUGAAACCAUUCCGACGACCACUCCAUGCGAGACUGAAACCAUUCCGACGACCACUCCAUGCGAGACUGAAACCAUUCCGACGACUACUCCAAGUGAGACUGAAACCAUCCCGUCGACUACUCCAUGCGAGACUGAAACCAUUCCGACGACCACUCCAAGUGAGACUGAAACCAUUCUGACGACUACUCCAUGCGAGACUGGAACCAUUCCGACGACUACUCCAUGCGAAACUGAAUCGUCAACCCCCCUUCCGACUACUAUGACUACUACGUUCACGACAACUACCUGUCCGAUCUCGUGGACUUCUGUCACAAGUGGAUCGGCUGUCAUCAGUCAGCCGGUGACUCUGACUAGCACUCUCACCCUGACCUCUGUUGUCACCUGCAACGAGGGAUGCCGUGAGACAACUACCCCAACUGAGACCGGUGGUUUGAUUCCGUCCGCUACUUCGGCUCCCGAAUCUUCCUCUCUUGCGUCUGUAAGCUCUCUUGCGUUUGAGAGCUCGCCUGCGGCCCAAAGUACUGCUGCGUCCCAAAGUUCUCCUGCAACCCAAAGCUCUCCAGCUGCGAGUGAGAGCUCCUCUAGUUCUGGAAGCACUGUAGCCUCCGGUUUCCCUACGGUGCCUGUUGCUUCUGCUAGUAGUAGCCCUGUCUUCAAUGCCGCCUCGUCUCAAUUCCAAAAUUCUCUGACUGGCUUCUUCCCCGGUCUUGUCAUUGCCUUGGUACUGAUAUGA